AUGACGAGUCUGCUACGAGACACGCUCAAGAAUGCCGCUGAAGAGUCGCGCGUACAGGAUCGGCCUGACAACGCCGAGCCUGCGAGCGAGGACUCUGAUAACGAACUGAUCACCGUCGAAUCUACCCCGGGCACAGCUGCACCAUCUCGCCCUGCAUCACGUACCGGCAUGCGUCGCCCAGCUGCAACAUCUAGUCCGCUCAAGCCACUCGCCGGCGCCACCAACGAGCGCCGUACCCUAGACCCAAUCCGUUUGAUACCCACCACUGUAUGCCAGAGGAUCUUCAGCAUGCUCGACUUGCGCUCUCUCUCACGGUGUGCGCGGGUCUCCCGCAAGUGGAGCAAGAGCCAGACGCUCAACUACGUGUGGUUCCAGUACUACCGCAAGGAGACCUUCCACGAUGAGUCUCUCCCGCCCGGUAAAUGGACCAAACGCGAAUCCAAAGAAAACUGGCGUCAGCUGUACGCGAAGGACGUCGGCAAGAAGGAGCCCGACCCCUGGCCUGUGCGGCCUCCGCGCUCGUCGGGAUACAAUUCGGGACACGCGAGCGGGUAUGUGACCCCGCGUGAACUCAAGGAGCAGAAGUGGGCGGAGGAGAACACUGCUGUCGAGAAACUCAGCAAGGUUGAGAUGAGGGGCGUCUAUAAGGAGCUUGGUGGGCGUAAGUCCAAGUCGAAGGGGAAGGUCGGAGCAACUGGAGGCGCGAGGGAUCGUGGAGGAUGGGCUGUGUCCGAAAGGGACGAAGGGGAGGACUCGUUCUAUUGA